AGUCUUGCACAGGUGUACCGGCUCCUCCCCUUCAGUCUUGCACAGGUGUACCGGCUCCUCCCCUUCAGUCUUGCACAGGUGUACCGGCUCCUCCCCUUCAGUCUUGCACAGGUGUACCGGCUCCUCCCCUUCAGUCUUGCACAGGUGUACCGGCUCCUCCCCUUCAGUCUUGCACAGGUGUACCGGCUCCUCCCCUUCAGUCUUGCACAGGUGUACCGGCUCCUCCCCUUCAGUCUUGCACAGGUGUACCGGCUCCUCCCCUUCAGUCUUGCACAGGUGUACCGGCUCCUCCCCUUCAGUCUUGCACAGGUGUACCGGCUCCUCCCCUUCAGUCUUGCACAGGUGUACCGGCUCCUCCCCUUCAGUCUUGCACAGGUGUACCGGCUCCUCCCCUUCAGUCUUGCACAGGUGUACCGGCUCCUCCCCUUCAGUCUUGCACAGGUGUACCGGCUCCUCCCCUGGACUGAAACGUCUUCCUCUGUUGUCACUGCACACUCUCUUUCAAUCAUG